GUUGUUGUUGCAUUCGUAUUGGGCAUCGGAAAUCGACUGAAACUGAAAAAAACUAGGGGCCCGAGCAGAUGCAGAAGUCAAAUCUACGUGCAAAUUUGUGAAAUUUAGCUAGAUAGCAAUCGGAGCGGACACAGAAGAUAUAGAAAAGAAAGAAUUCUAAUUAUACAACAGUCGUACAGCAUUCCCCGAGCUCCCCAAAAGAAACUGGUUAUACUUACACACAACAGGCAAGGCAAGGCAAGGCAAGGCACACAGGCAGUGACAACGACAACGGCAACGACGGCAACAACGACGACGAAGACAAGGCAGGAACGGGAACAGGGAACAGUGAACGGAACGGGAGUAGAGCAGCAGGGAAAGGGAAAGGCAGUGGCAGUUCGGCGCAGCGGAGAGUGAGGGCACGGGCCAGUGGCACAUCUGCGAUGGAGAAAAUCAAACUGAAGGUGAUUGGUGUGCUGCGCGAGCGCGACGGUGGCACAAAUGUCAAUCGCAGCAGCAGUGGCGCAGGCGGCGGCAGCGGCGGAGGCAUCGGUGGUGGAGGCGGAGGGAAUGUUGGCAUUGCCAACGGCAAUGUUAACGUCAAUGGCAGUGGCAGUCAUCAGGUGGGCGUGGCAGUUGCAAUCGGGGUCACACAGGACAAUGGCAAUGGCAAUGGCAAUAACGAUAAUGGCAAUGCCUCCGGAGCUGAGCGUACCGAUGCACAUGCUCAUCCACAUCCACAUGCCCAUGCACAUGGACAUCAACAUGCACAUGGUCAUUUGCAUGGGCAUGGGAAUGGAAAUGGAAAUGGAAAUGGAAAUACAAUGACAACUGCCAGCGGCAUUGGUGUUGGUGGUGUGGGUGGGGCGGCCCGCACGACGAUACUGUCGCGACCUCAAACAUCAAAAAUCAGUGCACUCGACCUGGCUGGCAUAUUGAAUACACGACGAAGGCUGGAAUGGACUAAAGAGUGGCUGCGCAAGAAUCAAGCCGAAUUUCUUAGCAAGGAAAAUCUGCUUAGCGAUCUACAGUCACGAAAAGAUGAAUGUUAUCACUUGAAUUACUUCCUAGCCAUAACCGAGGGUCAGUUUCGUUAUCUGGUGCAGAAAUUGGAGCCGAUCAUCAGUCAGUAUGCACCUCAACGCAAAAAAAAGUCCUUCAGCGCCGAAGAGCGUCUGGCCAUUACGCUCAAGUAUUUGGCGACGGGUGAAGUGCAUUCUUGUCGAAACUACUGCUUCCGUGCCUCGAAAUUUGUGAUAAACGAAAUGAUUGCCAAUAUCUGUCUGGGCUUCUAUGAGCACCUCAAGGACCAAUACGUUACACUACCAAAGACUGAUGAGCAGUGGCGCAGUGCGGCCACAGAUAUGGAGCGCCAACACAAUCUGCCCCAAUGUGUAGGCAAUCUAUUUAUGCGCAGCAUUCAGCUGCAAAGUGCGGCCGGCAGUGCCGGCGAUGAUCGCAAACGGGCGCCUGUCAUCUUUACGGGCAUCGUUGAUGCGAGCAACAAUUUCCAGUAUGUUAAAGUGGAACGGGCGUCAAAUAGCCGCCCGAAUGAGAUAUACAAACAGACCACUGCCGUUGCGCUAAUCGAGCAAAAGAUGAAUGCCCUCGAUGAGCAGUCGGAGCCAUUGCGAAAUGGUUAUUACUUUGCUGGAGAUGCUGUACUGCCGGCUACCAAUUAUUUGGUAACACCGCGCAAUGUACCUCAGGAGAAUGCCGUGCAUGAAGCCCUAGAGCAAAUCAACGCCCAUGCGGAUCAAACGAUGAGAAUUCUAUGCAAUAUGUUCCCCAUUUUGGCUCAGCCACUUCGCGUCAGUGACAAGCAUAUCCGUGAAGUGGUACUCGGCUGUGUGGCUCUCUACAAUUUCCUGCGCAAAACAGACGAAUCAUUUCGUCGCAACAGUGAUAACAUUGUCGAACAGCAGCGCGGAGCAGAGCAGCAUCAAUUGGCAUAUGUGAAUAGCGAGGAAAUUGACGAUGACUGCAUAAUGCUGGCCACUGAAGAGGAGCUGCGAGAACGUGCCGAAUUCACACCCAGCGUUGGACUGACAACCUGCUUUCAGCCGUUAAGUGCGCAACGCGGCGAAACGGCCGAUGGCCUGGCCAAGCGCGACUGGCUGCUUCAAAUGCCAAUUGCCCAAAUGAAUGGAAAUGGAUUAACGAAUGGACAUGAGAUUGGAAACGGCAGCUCAAAUGGGGGUAUAUGUUAGUGUAAUUUAUCUAAGUACUUUACGAAUUUUGUAUAGUUCCUUGUUUUAUAUACUUUCUAAAUCUGUUUCUGUGCAUCUGUUUGCCGAAUUGCCGAUACAUGCAUAUACAUACAUACAUACAUAUAUAUAUAUAUAUA